UGCUGGUGUGCGUGGUCUGGAGGAAUCGAAAGUAUUGGCGUUUUAGGUAGCUAAACAACUAAGGUAUUUUCUUGGAAAAAUGGGAGAUCCGAUUGCCGAGUAUGCGUCCCGAUUUCAACAGCAGGAAAGGGAAAUUAAAUCUCUUUCGGAUGAAAUCGAGAAGCUGAAGAACCCGGAAACUCUUGGCGUUUCAUCGCAGCUGGAAGAGUUGAGGGAAGAGAACGCAAAACUGAAGUAUCGCCUCAACAUCCUAAAGCGAAGCCUUCAGGAGGAACGGGGUGAGUGCAGCAGGACCAUGAUCAACAUCAACCAACGGCUGCAGGAGAUCUUCGGGUGUGCCAUCCAGGCUGCAUACCCUGACCUGGAGAACCCGCCCCUGAAUGUCACGCCCAAUCAGCAGGCUAAAUUCGGGGAUUACCAGUGCAACAGUGCCAUGGCGAUGGCACAGAUGAUGAAAGCCAAGGGACUGAAGGUCAGCCCCAGGGAUAUUGCAGAGAAGAUUGUGCGGAACAUUCCAGACAACGACUUAAUUCAGAAGACAGAGAUUGCUGGACCAGGAUUCAUCAAUGUUCACCUCAAGAAGGCCUUUGUGUCAAAACUUCUGACAAACCUGCUGGUCAAUGGUGUGCAGCCUCCACCUCUGGAAUCCAAGAAACGGGUUGUGGUGGACUUCUCCUCUCCCAACAUCGCUAAGGAGAUGCACGUGGGGCAUCUGCGCUCCACCAUCAUCGGAGACAGCAUGUGCCGGCUCUUCGAGUUCCUGGGAUACGACGUCCUGAGGUUGAACCACGUGGGAGACUGGGGCACUCAGUUUGGGAUGCUCAUCGCCCACCUGCAGGACAAGUUCCCCAACUACCUCACGGUGUCCCCUCCCAUUGGGGACCUUCAGGCAUUCUACAAAGAGUCCAAGAAGCGCUUCGACAAUGAGGAGGAUUUUAAGAAGAGGGCGUACCAGUGCGUGGUGAAGCUGCAGAGCAAGGAGCCCGAGUUCAUCAAGGCCUGGAACCUCAUCUGUGACGUGUCCAGAAAGGAAUUCCAGAAAGUCUACGACUGUUUGGACAUCAAGCUGAUCGAAAGAGGGGAGUCUUAUUACCAGGACAUGAUGACGGCUGUGGUGAAAGAGUUUGAAGAGAAAGGCCUGGUGCAGCUCGAUGAGGGGAGAAAGAUUGUGUUCGCCCCGGGCCAGUCCAUCCCGCUGACAGUGGUGAAGUCGGAUGGCGGCUACACAUAUGACACCUCUGAUCUGGCUGCCCUGAAACAGAGGCUCUUUGAAGAGAAAGCUGACAUCAUUGUCUAUGUGACGGACAGCGGGCAGGGGACGCACUUCCAGGUGGUGUUCGCCGCCGCCCAGAUGAUCGGGUGGUACGACCCCAAGGUCACUCGGGUGGAACACGCCGGCUUCGGAGUGGUGCUGGGAGAGGACAAGAAGAAGUUCAAGACUCGGUCAGGAGACACUGUGAGGCUGAUGGACCUGCUGGAAGAGGGUCUGAAGAGGUCCAUGGACAAGCUGAAGGACAAGGAGAGGGACAAGGUUUUAACCCCCGAGGAGCUGGUGAAGGCCCAGAGGGCCGUGGCGUUCGGCUGCAUCAAGUACGCCGACCUGUCACACAACCGCAUCAACGACUACGUCUUCUCCUUCGACAAGAUGCUGGACGACAGGGGCAACACGGCCGCCUACCUGCUGUACGCCUUCACCCGGAUCAGGUCCAUCGCCCGCCUCGCCAACAUCGACGACGCCGCUCUGCGGAAGGCGGCGGGGGCCACGGAGGUGGUGCUGGACCACGAGAAGGAGUGGAAGCUGGGCAAGUGCAUCCUCCGCUUCCCGGAGAUCCUGCAGAAGAUCCUGGACGACCUGCUGCUGCACACGCUGUGCGACUACCUGUACGAGCUGGCCACCACCUUCACCGAGUUCUACGACAGCUGCUACUGCGUGGAGAAGGACCGGCAGACCGGUGAGGUGGUCAAGGUGAACAUGUGGAGGAUGUUGCUGUGCGACGCCACGGCGCUCGUCAUGGCCAAGGGCUUCGACAUCCUGGGGAUCAAUCCCGUCCAGAGGAUGUGACCGCACAAGUGCCUCUCCCCGUACCCAGAAAACAAUCUCACCGCCAUUAACGUCACUUUGUAUUUUACUGUAUCCCGAAUAAAAGAAAAAUGACUCCUUGUAAAAAGAGUUUGGCAGCGUGCUCAUCAUUCUUCAUAUAAAUGUCACCAUUCCUACCAAGGAAUUGAGGAAUUGCUCGAAAGCCUGCCAAAAUGGCAAUAUUGACUAGGGCUUCAGCUAUAUCAGGACUUUCCAUGUCAGCUUCUAUUACGGGGUGGAUGCGUGACGCUGACCCUGGUUAGUGCAGGAAGUGUGCACUGAUCCUGACUGGCAAAAGACACGGCCAGACAGCACUGACCGCUUCUGAGAAUACAAGAUCAGCUACACCACUGGUCUGGAAGCUGGCCAUAAGCAAUUUUUUG